AUGAUUGGUGAUUGGGUAUAUCCAGGACAAGCCCUAAUUUGGGCCAUUUGGAUCCUUGCAACCAUCGUCAGGGGGGCCAUGGCUGAAAUGCCAGAGAGGAUCACCAGCCUGGGAUGGGUCAAGGGGAAGCAAGUCUCUGUUCUGGGAAGCCAAAUGCUUGUGAACGUGUUCCUUGGGAUCCCUUAUGCUGCACCCCCUGUGGGACCCCUGCGAUUUAUGGACCCUCAACCUGCAAGUCCCUGGGAUGGCUUGCGUAAUGCCACCUCCUACCCUCAAUUGUGCUUCCAGAACACAGAGUGGCUGUUAUCACAUCAACACUUUCUCAAGGUGCAUUAUCCCAAAUUUGGAGUGUCGGAAGACUGCCUGUACCUUAACAUCUACGCGCCAGCACAUGCUGAUGGGGGCUCCAAUCUCCCUGUCAUGGUGUGGUUUCCAGGCGGUGGCUUCCAGAGUGGCUCUGCCUCCAUCUUUGAUGGGUCUGCCCUGGCUGCCUAUGAGAAUGUGCUGAUCGUGACCACCCAGUACCGGCUGGGAAUAUUUGGCUUCUUCAGCACACAGGACCAGCAUGCCUCAGGGAACUGGGCCUUCAAAGACCAGGUGGCUUCUCUGUCCUGGAUCCAGGAGAACAUCAUGUUCUUUGGUGGGAAUCCUGGCUCUGUGACCAUCUUUGGAGAGUCAGCUGGAGCCAUAAGUGUUUCUGGCCUGAUUCUGUCCCCCAUGAGCAAUGGCUUAUUCCACAGAGCCAUCAUGGAGAGUGGAGUGGCCAUCAUCCCAUACCUGAAGUCCCAGGAUGUGGAGAGGAAGGAGGAUAUGCAGAUCAUUGCAGAAGCCUGUGGCUCCAAUGCCUCGGACUCCCAGGCCCUACUGAAGUGCCUCAGGGCAAAAUCCCCUGAGGAGUUGCUGAAUCUCAGCCAGAAAGCAAAACAUUUCACUCGAGUGGUUGAUGGUAAAUUCUUUCCUGAAGACCCUCUAGACCUACUGAUUCGCAAAACAUAUAAAGCAAUUCCUUCUAUCAUUGGAGUCAAUAACCACGAGUGUGGCUUCCUGCUGCCCAUGUUGGACACUCCUGACAUCCUCAAAGGCUCCAACAAGACUCAUGCCUUUAACUUGAUACAAUCCUUCUUGAAAAUCUCUACCCAAUAUUUGUACACUGUGUCUAAAGAAUACUUCCAUGACAAGAACUCCCUGCUUGACAUCCGAGACAGUCUCCUGGACUUGCUUGGAGAUGUGUUCUUUGUGGUCCCUGCUAUAGUUACGGCUCAGUAUCACAGAGAUGCUGGUGCCCCUGUGUACUUCUAUGAGUUUCAGCACCGGCCUCAGGUCUUUGAAAACACGAAGCCAGCCUUUGUCAAAGCUGACCACACAGAUGAAAUCCGCUUUGUCUUCGGAGGUCCCUUUCUGAACAACGACAUUGUCAUGUUUGAAGAACCCACCGAGAAGGAGAAAGUGCUAAGCAGGACCAUGAUGAAAUACUGGGCUAACUUUGCUCGGACUGGGGACCCUAACAGUGGUGACCUGCCCCACUGGCCAGCCUAUGAUGAGCAGGAGCAGUACUUGAUGCUGGAUUUGAACUUGAAGGUCGGAGAGAGAUUGAAAGAGUCCAAAGUGGUGUUUUGGACACAGACCUUCCCCUUGAUUAUGUCUCCAUCUGGAGAUCUGCUCAGCCCUCAUUCCUUUCUGAUCUUCCUUUCUCUGCACAUGGCUUUCUUGUUCUCGUUUCCUCCUUAG